AUGGAGGUGCCUGUUGCUGCCCUUGCUGUCCUGUCCUUCACAGAGGCCCUCUGCCCCCAGGCCUGCUCUGCCUCAUUUGGUGCUAACACCCCAACUGCCUGCUGCUUCUCCCACAUCUCCUGGCAGAUUCUACUGAAAUUUGUGGGUGACUAUCAUGAGACCAGCAAACAAUGCUCCAAGCCAGCUAUCAUCUUCUUAACCAAGAGAGGCCGGCUGGUCUAUGCUGACCCCAGUGAGGCCUGGGUCCAGGAGCACAUCACCAAUCUGGAGCCAAUGCCUGAGUGGCCCGGUAGCAGUAAGCAACCUAGUGACCUCAGUGGGCCUGCUGGGGAGCAGGAGCCUGAGCCAGGCAGUGAUCUUACAAUCUUGGCAGCCACCUCUUCUGUGGGUCCCCACCCCAUGCCCUACCGCAUGCUGGGGCCCUCCUUAACUUCAGCUUUAUUAUAG